CACCAGAGUUUUCUUGACGCCAACGACAGCGAGGGUUUCUGAAAAUGAAGACGGUGAAGACUACGACUGAUCGGCAGUGACUGCUUGAUGGUGUGAGGAAAAGUAACUCUCCCUCUCCCUCUCCCUCUCCCUCCUUCGCUCCAACCCUAACCCUGCCUCAACACUACUUUCGUUUAUUGUUGAAGAAUAAACCCUAUCAAGAGACUAUUUUUGCUUCGAUCAGAAUUUUCAGGAUUCGUAUAUAGCUUUUUCAUUGAAGUAUUGUAUUUGGCUAUGGAAGCUAUGGAUAAGGUUGACCACUACCGUGUUUUGGGUUUGCCAUCUGGUGAAGAAGGAGCUAUGCUUUCAGAGGAAGAGAUUAAAAAAGCAUAUCGAUUGAAGGCAUUGGAAUUGCAUCCAGAUAAGAGGCGGGAUGACCCUGAUGCUCACGCCAACUUCCAACAGCUCAAUACAUCUUAUGGAAUUCUCAAGGACAAAAAUACUAGGAAGCUCUUCGACAAUUUUCUCCUGGUCGAGCACGAUCUAUUUCAGCAAGAACCACAGCACUACAACUACGACGAAAAUUCACAAUACUACAACUACGACGAAAAUCCACAACACUACGACUACGACUACGUCGAUUAUGAGAAUUUACAACAUGUUUUUUGCCACAUUCAGAAGGGGAAGAAGAGUAAGAGUAGAGAUCUAAAGUAUGACCUAAUUGGUUGGAUAAUACUUGCUGUUGGAAUUGCCGCAUGGGUGGGAAUAGCGAAGUCUCAUGUUCCUUCACCUCCAAGAUAAGCAGAGAUUUGUCAGGUGCUUCAUAUGAAUUUACUACCUUAACUUGCAUCCCAAUCAUGCAUUGGGGAGCUGAAAUUCAGAAAUUUUGGCGGACAGUUGAAGUAUUUGAAUGUAUAGUGGGGAAGUUCAGUGAGCCCAUUGUUUUUUGUAAUGUGGGCAAUGCCCAGUGUGUCUGUAUUACAGUAGAAUGGGCAAUUCGAAUAAUUUGAAACAUGAAAACACUAUAUACGUUUGGUAGGUGAAAUCAAUAUUCUUAUACUUUGAACAGGUGGGUGGUGAAUGAAUGAUCUAUUAUUAGCCAAGGACUAUUGAAUGAAUGAAUGAAAAAGGUUUGCAGA